AUGAACCAAAACCCCGAGUCUACGGACUGCCAGGCGGACGGUCUCCCUGAGGUCCAACCCAUCGAAAUGCCCUCCAUCGUGAAACUCGACCAGGACGGCUCCUUCAGGACCUGGGCAGAGAGCGUCCAUCGUGAGCUAGUCUCUCUCCAGGCUGAUCGUGUUGUUGACACCAAAAUUCCUCGGCCGGCCGAGGAUGAUGCACGAUACACUAGGUGGAGGGAAUGGUCUAUCACAAUACGAUCAUGGUUGUUCGCACAGCUGACCAAUGACAUGAUGGACUAUGUCCUGGUCUUUUACAGACAGCAGGUUGAAAAGGGCGCAAUUCCGCGAUACGCUGAUGAAGUAUUCCACUUGAUCGAACGUGCCUCGAAUGCACUCACUGGAGAGGCCCCUGCCGCUAUCUCAAGCUUCUGGGAAGCCCGACGCAACCAAUUCCCCACCGUCAAGGACUACAUCAUUGCUUGGAGGGCCGCGGUCGAAGACCUUCACGAAAACGAUCAGGCGAUCUCCCCAUACAUGGCCACCCAGAUCAUGUUCUCGGAAUUGAAGAGUGACAUGCCGUUGCUCAUCAAAACCCUUGUGAAGAAGGGCCGGGGACGUGAGCCAUCCAUGAAAUUCCAUGAAUUCUUGAGCAUCGGUGACCUCUUGAUUUCUUCUUCAAUGUAA